AUGGCCCGUGCCUUGUGCAUUUUGGCACUUUUGUGUCUUGCAGCAUGUGCUGUGGUGACUGCAGAGCCGGAGCAGGGAUUAAAAGACCUCCAACUACAGCAGCUAUCAUGGCUGGAGAAAUUGCAGGACAAACAGGAAUCAAAGAAGCAGAACUUGUUCAACUUUCUAUACAAACUCUCUACAUUCCUCCAAGAUGGCACAGAUGCAGAAAAACAAGAGAAGAGACGUGGACUGAGUGAAGGGAUGUCAGCUCAGACUAGACGGCCCGGCUGCAAAUUCUUCUUCUGGAAAAGCUUGACUGCCUGCUGA